AUGUCGACGACAGUGGAUCCAUUGUUUGGUUUAAUUCAAGUUUCUUCAUCAAUUAAAAUAAAACGAUCUGACGGUCGAAUACAUUUAGCUAAAGUAGUACAACUUUCAGCUGAAUCAAAAUCUGUUGGUGUUGAAUGGAAUGAACGCGGUGAAGUUAAAGGAAAAGAAAUCUUACUUGAUCUUGUAUUUGAACUUAAUAAUGAAUUACGACCAAAUACAACAUUUAAACAACCAAUAUCAGUUGUCAAUCAACAUAUUCGACCAACAGCAGCUGUCCCUAUUCCUUUUAGUGGUCUAUCAUCAAGUCGGCUUACUUUAGAUAUUGAUACAUUAGAACGUGAAUAUAAUUCACGACCACCACCAACACUUCCACCACAAUUAUUACAAAAAAUUCAGCAACACCCGGUAUCUAUUCAAACAACUUCAACGCCCCUUCCCCCUCCACCACUUAACGGUUCUGUCACAGCUACUACAGCUCAUCAAAAAACGAGCUAUGCACCAUCCGGAACACAUAAUACAGCUGCUGUUCGUUCAAUACGUCGUCCUACUGCUCAGACAAAUUCUUCAUCCUCAAAAAUAACAACAUCUUCAUCUCCUAUACCACCUCCAACACCUACUGUUGAACAACAAAUUCAACCACAACAAUUACAGAUUCCACCUUCAGUAAAUAAUAAAGCUGAACGUCGCCUUUCUCGUCUUCAUGUUGUACAACAAUCAUCUUCAAUAAAUACACAUAACACAGCUGUACCAACUGUACCUGAACCACCAUCAUCUAUUGGUUUACAUGGUCCAUUUGGUCAAAUGAUUCUUGAUUAUCGUUCAACAUUAACUUAUUCUCCGAUGACAAAUUCAAAUUUACAUCACCAUGAAGUCAAUCAAAAAGAUUUACGUAUUUGUGUAGCUGUUCGAAAACGUCCAUUAAAUAAACGUGAAUUAGCUAAAAAAGAUAAUGAUGUUAUUACAAUUCCAAAUAGAGAUCAUUGUCUUGUUCAUGUACCAAAAUCAAAAGUUGAUUUAACCAAAUAUCUUGAUAAUCAAACAUUUAAAUUUGAUUAUACAUUUGAUGAAAAAGCUUCAACUGAACUUGUCUAUCAUUAUACAGCUGCUCCACUUAUUGAUAUAAUUUUUAAUGGUGGUAAUGCAACUGUUUUUGCGUACGGUCAAACUGGAUCUGGUAAAACAUUUACAAUGGGUGGUGAUUUAUCAUCAGCAAAGACCGAUUAUUCCCAUGGUAUCUAUGCACAAACAGCACGUGAUAUAUUUCAUCGUUUAUCACAACCACAAUAUCGGUCAUCAAUUGAAAUAUUUGUUACAUUUUAUGAAAUUUAUUGUGGCAAAGUUUUUGAUUUACUUAAUAAUAAAAAACGUUUACGUGUAUUAGAAGAUCAAAAAGGUCUUGUUCAAGUAUGUGAUCGAAAAGAACAACAAGUCAAAUCUGUUCAAGAUGUAUUAAAUAUCAUUCAACAUGGCAUGAGUAUUCGAACAUCUGGUACAACAGCAGCAAAUUCAAACUCUUCUAGGUCACAUGCUGUUCUACAAAUUAUUUUAAAAUCAGUAGCACCUAUUUCCAAUCAUUCGAAUGUAUCAUCAUCAUCAUCAUCAUCAUCUCGCUAUAAUAAUCAUAAUAAUCCAGCUGUACCUCGUCGUUUAAUGAAAGAAGUUGGUAAAAUGUCCUUAAUUGAUUUAGCCGGUUCAGAACGUGGUAAAGAUACAGCAAGUGGUGAUCGUCUUCAACGUAUGGAAGGUUCAGAAAUUAAUAAAUCUUUAUUAGCACUCAAAGAAUGUAUUCGUGCAUUGGGUCGUGGUGGUGGUAGUCAUGUACCAUUUCGUGGUUCAACAUUAACAAAAGUAUUACGAGAUUCAUUUAUCGGUGAUAAAUCAAAAGUUUGUAUGAUUGCAAUGGUAUCACCAACACAUUCUGAUGUUGAAAAUACAAUGAAUACAUUACGUUAUGCUGAUCGAGUUAAAGAAUUACGAGCUGGAGAUAAUGACGGAAUUACGUCAAAUGACGAUGAUGAUAUUAAAAUGGACGGAAUAUCAAAAGCUUUACCUAUUGAUGAAGAUAAAGAAAAUAAACAUCAUCAUCAUCAUCAUCAUCAACAUUAUCCUCAUCAUCAUGAUGGGUCUGCAUCUUCGGCUGAAAGUACAAGUUCUUCAUCAAAUUAUGAUGAUGAUGAUGAACAAGAUGAAGCGUUAGCUUCAUAUGCAGCACAAGUUGAACAUUUACAAGAAUAUGAAGAAGCUUUAUUUGAUUCUUGUCAAGAUGUUUUAACAAAUAAAGAACCAAUACUUACAAAACAAUUACGUGCAAUUGUUAAACAAGCACAAGAUACAGUUGAUUAUGAUCAAGAAAAAUUUGUUAAUGAUAUGCGUGCAAAUUUACUUCAACGUCAACAAAUAUUAAAUGAAUUACAAACACGUUUACAAGCAUUUGCUGAUUGUCUUCAACAAGAAGAACAAGUUGCUGCAGCGCAAAGAGUUAAAAAACAACAAUCGACUGGCAUUAUGGAUUAA